UAGAUCUCAUCAAGUGGUUACAAAGAUCCCUCUAAUAAUUACAAGGGUAUUUCAGUAAUCUCGGAGCCUUCAACUCGUUUUAUACGUUUCUUGAUUUCCCAUGCAUGGGCACACUACAAUCUUCUACCUCAUCUUCUAUUUCCAAUUUUCUUAAAGAGUCCAAUCCAUGGACACAUCAAUUGUCUCCAAACUUCUCUUAUUUGCUCUUCUAAUCUCAAGUGCCAGAGCUCUGGACCCUUGUGCCUCUCAAGCAGAUGACUCAAGUCUUUCGAUCCUUCCCAUCUACAGCAAAUGCUCACCUUUCAGUCCACCCAAACAGGAAUCUUUGGUUAACACACUCAUUAACAUGGCUUCCAAAGACCCACAAAGGCUCAAGUAUUUGUCAAGCCUACAGGCCCAAAUGACCACUUCUGUCCCAAUUGCUCCAGGCCAGCAGGUCCUAAACAUUGGCAACUAUGUCGUCCGGGUCAAGUUGGGUACGCCGGGUCAAAUCAUGUUUAUGGUCUUAGACACUAGCAAUGAUGCUGCCUGGGUACCCUGCUCUGGCUGUGCUGGCUGCUCCAGCACCACUUUCAUUACCAAUACUUCUUCCACUUACGGGUCAUUGGAUUGCUCCGUGACCCAAUGCACCCAAGCCCGCGGGUUCUCUUGCCCAGCCACCGGCACCUCCUCCUGCCUUUUCAACCAAUCUUACGGUGGAGAUUCCUCUUUCUCAGCUUCUCUUGUGCAAGAUUCUUUAAGAUUAGCCAAUGACGUGAUACCAAAUUUUGCUUUUGGAUGCAUCAACUCCAUCUCUGGUGGGUCAAUUCCCAAUCAAGGGUUGUUGGGUUUGGGUAGGGGACCCUUAUCGUUACUUUCUCAAUCUGGAUCGCUUUAUUCCGGUGUAUUUUCAUAUUGUUUACCCAGUUUCAAAUCCUAUUAUUUCUCGGGUUCACUCAAAUUAGGCCCAGCGGGUCAACCCAAGACCAUCAGAACCACCCCACUUCUACGAAACCCACACCGGCCAUCACUAUACUAUGUGAACCUCACCGGCAUUAGUGUAGGUCGGGUUCGGGUACCGAUUGCCCAAGAGCUCCUAACGUUUAACCCGAACACUGGAGCGGGGACUAUAAUUGACUCAGGCACAGUCAUAACCAGAUUCGUUGAACCGAUUUACGCAUCAAUAAGGGAUGAGUUCAGAAAACAAGUGAAAGGGCCUUUUUCAUCUUUGGGUGCAUUCGACACGUGCUUCGCAGCAACAAAUGAAGCAGUAGCACCAGCAAUAAAGUUGCAUUUCACAGGCUUGAACUUAGUGUUGCCUAUGGAGAACAGCUUGAUACAUAGCAGCGCAGGGUCGCUGGCUUGCUUGUCUAUGGCUGCUGCACCAAAAAAUGUGAACUCGGUGCUUAAUGUCAUAGCCAAUUUGCAGCAACAAAACCUUAGGAUCUUAUUUGAUGUGCCCAAUUCUCGAUUGGGAAUUGCCCGUGAGUUGUGCAACUAGAUUAUUACAUAUAUAUAUAUAUAUAUAUUUUUUUUUUCUUCCUUCUUUGUGCUUGAGAAAAAAAAAAAGAAUAAUAAACAGGAAAAGUCCUGUUGCUCUGUUGUCUUGCUCUGGAGUGUGUUUUAUUUAUACCUUUGUUAAAAAUUUUAACAAAAAAGCCAAUGGUGCUGCCCACUGUUUUAACAAAGCUUAAAUUCAACAAUCAGCUACAGUGAAUUGGCUUUGUGCU